CUGUUGUAAUGUACACAAUAAGCGGCUUUGGGAUAACUGGAGGGGCUCAUCGUUUGUGGACGCACAGAGCAUUUAAAGCUACCCUGCCUUUAAAAUUGUUCUUUUUAGCUGCGUUUGCUAGCGCUGGACAGAAUUCUUUAGAGCAAUGGGUUCGAGACCACCGGGUGCACCACAAAUACAGUGACACGGAUGCUGACCCGCACAACGCCAACCGAGGGUUGUUCUUCUCUCACAUUGGCUGGUUGAUGCUGAAAAAAAACGAGCAAGUGCUGCUCCGUGGCAAACAACUGGAUAUGAGCGAUAUAACUGGCGACCCAUUACUUCGUUUCUACAACAAAUACUUCACCUAUUUUAAGCUCCUGUUUUGUUACAUCUUACCUACGACACUGACUAUACACUUAUGGGGAGAAAAUUGGCGGUGCGCCGUAGCGUGGCAAUGUUUCAUAAGAUUCCUAGGCAUGUUUCAUAGUGAGCUUACCGUCAAUAGCCUAGCACAUGCCUACGGUUACAAACCGUAUAACAAGAACAUUGUGCCAAGAGAAAAUCGCUUCGUGGCGUUUGUAACACUGGGUGAAGGUUGGCACAACUACCAUCACGUAUUCCCGUUUGACUACAAGGCAGCCGAACACUUCGAUUUUUUCAAUUUCGGGACAAAUUUUAUACGCUUUUUCAAUAAAAUCGGGUGGGCAUAUGACCUGCGUGAAGCGACACCUGAAAUGAUUAAUAGCACAGCAAAGAGAUUAGGCGACGGUACACCCGUACAUUUUCCACUUGAUGAUUAUUGAUUUCGUUGAUUUUUAUAAAAUGAAUAUAGGUGUUAUACAAGAGGUAUAUAUUAUAUAUUAUAAUUUUAAUACACUAUAGAA